AUGGCUAGUAAAAAACUAUGUGAUAAUAUAGUUUUUCCAAUUAUUCGUCGAUGUGUUUCUGUAACACAACAAACAACUACAAAAAAACCUGCUCGAUCAUUUUUUAUUCGUUUUAUUGAAGAUCGUCGAAAAAAAAGUCAACAGGAUGACAUACGACUUGAACCGUACAUGUCAAAAGGAGUUUAUACGGAGUCGGGCGCAAUUCGACCAAUGCCAAAAAGAUAUCCUCUUGGUAUAAUCAAAGUUUUAUGUAUUGCAAUCCCAUUUCUUUAUCUUGGUUCGCUUGUGAGCAAAUAUGGAGCAUUGGGUCUUGAAAAAAUGGAUUUAUUUGUAUACAGUGACGAUGACGAUGAUGAUGAUGAUUAA